AUCACUGAGCUGGUGCAGUGCAAAAACGCUCGCUCAUCCUCACCGAUGGUGUGCAGAACAAGGGGGACAUAAAGAAACCUUCUGAAACUGAAAACAUCCAUAUCCUUUCCUGAAACUAAAAAAAAAUCCACCACAAAAAAAUCAUCAUGAGCUACGACUCCUUCUACUCCUACCGCCGUCCUUGGGACAGCUACAGAGGCUCCCAAACUACCACCAAAUCCUCCCUGUCUUCCUCCCUCUUCUCUUCUUCUCGAGCUCCUCCGUCUGGUAAGAGGAUCCUGAGGCUGGCCUCCUCUUCGCUUCCUGAUGGGUCAGAAAGGAUGAACCUGGCUCAGGCCAGCUCCCUAAACACAGAGCUGCUGGGGCUUCGCUCCCAGGAGAGAGAGCAGCUGGUGGACCUGAACGACCGCUUCGCCACCUACAUCGAGAAAGUGAGGCACCUGGAGCUGCAGAACCGAGCCCUGCAGGCUGAGCUGGAGGCACUGAGACGGCGGCAGAACGACCCGUCCCGUCUCCAGAUGCUCUACGAGGGGCAAGCGCGGAGUUUGAGGGCAAUGAUAGACUCGGAGAACGGGGACAAGCUGCGUAUGGAGGCGGAGAGAGACUACCUCCGUGAUGUGUAUGAGCAGAUGAAGGAGCGGUUUGAAGAGGAGGCCAAGAGGCGGAUGGAUGCUGAGGAGGCUCUGCAGAGGGCCAGAGAGGAGGCCAGCAGGGUCGUUCUCUCCAACUAUGACGCCGAGGCCUCAGUGGUGUCUCUGUGUGAUGAGCUGGUCUUCCUGAAGAAGGUCUUUGCAGAGGAGCAGACAGAGCUGCAGGCCCAACUGCAGGUGGCGAACAUCAGCGUGGACGUGGAGGUGUCCCGGCCUGACCUCUCCACUGCCCUGCGGGACAUCCGGGCGCAGUACGAGCGGCUGGCCAACAAGAACAUGCAGGCCGCUGAGGAUUGGUACAAGAACAAGUUCGCGAGUGUGGCGGAGAUGGCCAGCAAAAACAACGAGGCGGUGCACGCCAUCCGAGAGGAGACCAUGGAGUACCGGAGGCUGCUUCAGUCCCGCUCAUCGGAGAUUGAAAGUCUCCGGAACAUCAUCGACUCCUUGAAUAAACAGCUAGAGGAUCUGGAGGAGACACAGGCGAAGGAGGUGACAAAGUACCAGAUGAGGAUAAGUGAGCUGGAGCGGGACAUCGCUGAAGCCAAACAGGAGAUGGCACGCUAUCUGAGAGAGUACCAGGACCUUCUGAAUGUGAAGAUGGCUCUGGACAUUGAAAUAGCAGCGUACAGAAAACUCCUGGAGGGGGAGGAGAUCCGGCUGGCGUACCCUUCUCUUCCAGCCCUAAAUUAAAAAAAUGCCACCAGCCUGGCAUAAACCUGAAUUCUUCAUCCCCUCUCCUCCCCUGCUCAUAUUUUUUACAUUACCUCCCCCCAUCAUCUCCCUCCCUUUUUCUUUCCUCCUUUCAAAACCGAACCUCAAACCAAAGCUCAUCCUC